AAGUUGUUUUUGGUUUCCUUUGGGCAGCAUGUUCCAUACUUGCCCUCGGCCUACCUGUAUGAUUCAGUGCAGCUUUAUGCUCAAGCUGUAAGGGAGCUGUAUGAGAAGAGGCAGAACCUGAGUAUCACUGUGGCAGACAUUGCCAGCAACGGCUCCAUGAUCAAGAACCACCUAAGGAACAUGUCAUAUGAGAGUAUUCUGGGUUUCAAGAUGACGAUGAACAUGAAUGCAGCAAGUGAAGGCAAAUACAGUGUGUAUUACUUUUCACAGUGUCCUGAAUAUAUCAAUGACACCUACAACUGUUCCAAGUGUUUGCACAAAAUAAGUGAUUAUUAUGGAGGGAAUUACUCUCUCAUGAUAACCGCCCCCAAAAUGGAUAUAGUAGACAAACCUCUCUGUGGCUACAAUGGCACUUUGUGUGACAUAGAAAGCACUAAGUACAAGACAGUAGCACUUUGGCUAAUGAGCGCCCUUCUCAUCUUGUUUACAUUCGUGUCAACUAUUUCAUACCGAAACUGGAAGUAUGAGCAGGAGAUUGUGGGUCUGCAGUGGCGCAUCAACGCAGCUGAACUGACAUUGGGUAACCACGCCUCUGUUGGAAGUAGGGUACGUGAGGUGGGCUUAUACUCGACCUCUUCCUCCCUAACUAGCAGGCAAAGUUUAGUGAGUGCUGCCUCGUACGAUUUCCAUGACAAGUGGUACCACAACUGGGCAAACUACAAGGGCACUGUGGUAUGUCUGAAGGCCAUCACCAUGAACCAAAGGAGACUGGAGCUUACACGUGCUACCAUGAUUGAAAUGAGAAAUAUGCGUGAAAUGAAGCAGUACAACGUGUGUGAAUUCAUUGGAGCCUUUGUGCAGCCAAACGGGGUAACGCUUGUGACAGAAUACUGCACGAGAGGCUCCCUACUCGAUAUUCUUGCCAUGGAAGACAUACAGCUCAAUAGCCUCUUCAUAUCAUCCCUCGUCCAUGAUUUGUUAAGGGGCAUGAUUUUUCUUCAUUCCAAUUUUGGCCCCCAUGGCAACCUGAAGUCCUCCAACUGUGUUGUCAACGGGAGGUGGGUGCUCCAAGUUACAGACUAUGGCUUGCAUGACCUGCGGAAGGAGGCACUGCACAAUCUGGAGAAAGAUGACAAAGGACAGUUUGAUAGACACAUGCUUUGGAGAGCUCCAGAACUGCUCCGAGCUGGAAUAGAAACUUCAGGAACCAAAGAAGGAGAUGUCUACUCAUUUGCCAUUAUCCUCCAUGAAAUGAUUGGGCGACAGGGUCCAUAUGACACUUAUGAUAUAAACACAGAUGACCCUUCAGUGAUCAUCCAGAAGUUAAAGGAUGGAUCAACCCUAACGGGUAAUGUAUAUCGUCCAUCCCUUCUAAACCUGCUGGACAUGCCCUUUGGGUCUGACCAGGACGUAAGGAGCACUAUGCAGGCGGCCUGGAAGGAGAACCCAGCCGAGAGGCCAAACUUCCGCACAAUCAAAAUCAAAUUGAAAGACAUGAAGGACAAAAGUCGCAAGGGUAACAUAAUGGAUCACAUGUUGCACAUGUUAGAGCAAUAUAGCAAGAACCUUGAGGAAUUAGUAACAAAUCGAACACAAGCACUGAGGGAAGAGCAGAGCAAGACAAAAGACCUGUUGCAUCGCAUGUUACCAUCAUCCGUUGCAGCAAGCUUAACUCAAGGGAUAGAUGUAGAACCUCAAGGCUUUGAUGCCGUUACAAUAUAUUUCAGUGACAUUGUAGGGUUCACUUCUUUGUCUGCUGAGAGUACCCCAUACCAGGUGGUGAGUUUCUUGAAUGACUUGUAUACACUUUUCGACAACAUCAUCAAAGGCUACGAUGUAUACAAAGUAGAAACUAUUGGUGAUGCGUAUAUGGUCGUCUCAGGCCUUCCAAAGCCAAACAUGGGGAGACAUGCUGGGGAAGUAGCAUCUAUGGCCCUUGAGCUGUUGAAUGAGGUAAAAACCAAGUUCGUUAUUCGGCACCGGCCUGAAACCACCCUCAAGCUGCGGAUAGGCCUGCACACGGGCCCUGUGAUAGCGGGUGUGGUUGGGGUCACCAUGCCCAGAUACUGUCUCUUUGGUGACACUGUGAACACUGCUUCCCGAAUGGAAAGCAAUGGAGAGCCCCUGCGGAUACACAUCUCAGAACAGUGCUAUAAGGCCCUGGAAGCGCUUGGUGGAUACGAGAUGGAGGAACGCGGACUAGUCACAAUGAAGGGGAAGGGAGAAGUCCUCACCUAUUGGCUUCUGAGAGCUAAUUACAAAGCCAUCCAGCGCAAUGCAAACAAUGCGGAACAUUUACCGCCACUUCUCUUCCAGCCUGGUGAAUAUGAUCAGGCUGAGCUGAGACGACGCAGUCCUAGGCUUUCAACUUUAGGGGGUCGAGCCCCUAGUGUGGCCAGAAGUAUGGAAGAUCCUGGAGAGGUAAAUGGCAGCAUUCCUCUCUUCAACCGUGAUGGUGCUUCCUUAUCCAGGGACUCGCCACGUUCAGAUAUUUCCUGUGGCCGCAGGUGCUUCAGUAACACCUUAUACCACACGUCCAGUGUUGACUGCACCACGCAAGGGAGCCAUCUGUGCCCUCCCAAGUAUGAAGACACUCCAGAAAAAGUCCCCCAAAGCAUCAGCUUGGACCAACUCCACCACUCGGAGGUGCGGCUCGAGGUUCCUGCGCUCCAGAACAUGAACUCGGGGGGACAUCCUUCUCUGGACUCGACUCUCCCACUGGAGGACAGACGUGAGGUCAACUUCUGUCCGUCAGCAGAUGAUGACAUUCCCUUAUCACACACUGUAGGCGAGAGAGAGCCAAUGCUGAAUGGUGAUGAAGAUUGUGGAAACGAAGGAAGAGUGAUAUAUGAUAGUGACAAUAGUCCGCAUCUGUCGGGAGGAGGAAGUAAGCGAUCCUCUGGUCUCAGGUCCAAGCUGGCAGGAUUCUCACUGAAUGGACUCAAAAGGGAGAGUCAUGUUUGAACAUCCUUUGUGUAGAUAAUUUGCCAACUGCAGUAUAUAUAGAAAUUUAUGAGAAAGAGACCAUAUAUAAGUGGAAUCUAUGACAGGAAUGACUGAAAAUCAUGGGACCAUCCAUAAAUAGCAAGUUAAUUGCCUAAUAAUCAGACAUUGAGAGAAUAUAUAGAAAUUUUAUUGUAUUUAUAGAAAGAACUAUAUACUAAAUUGAAUACAACACUUCUAACAGUGGAAGGAAAAUUAACGACGUUAUUGGAUGACCAUAAAUUUCUGUAAUUGUUAAAGAUCUUUUUGAAACAAGAAAUCAGUUUUAUGCAAGAA